UCAGAACCGCGCGCCCCAUUGGCUCGACGCCUCCCUCCACCGCGCAAACACGCGCGCUCCGGUCGCCCGCCAAAAAGCUUUUCUCUCCUCGCCGUCUCUCGCUCCGUUUUCCGCAGCAUUUUGUUGUUGUAGCGGGCGGCCGGGUUGAUUUCACCCGGUGGUGUUGAGGAAAGAGCCACGCGUGUGUGUGUUGGCGUUCGAGAAUCGGAUGGACCAGGCGGACAGAGGCGGCGGCGGAGGACCGCGUGGGCGCGGGCGGAAAUGGAAGGGGAAGGGAGUGAGCGCCGCGGCCUCCUCCCCCGCUGCGGAGACGCGGCAGCAGCCGGCGCCAGUUUUAGAAAACGCGCCGGCGGCCGCAGCAUUGCUUCGUCCCCUGAAGAAGAUCCGCAGCCCCGAUCGCGGCCUCCAGCGCUCCGUGUCCUCGCUGUCGUCGGCCCCUGCUUCCCCCGACUCGUCCACUGUCUCCAACCCCAUGUCUCCUCCGUCGAUGUCCUUGCCGAAUCAGCCGCCGCCAUCGACGCGACAUAUAUUUCCGUUCGCGUACGAUCAGUCUCCGGGCGCCGCCGCGGUACCAAGGCUCCUCCCGCUGCUGCAGCACUCCAGCUUGUACCCGCAGCCUCUCCUGCCUCCGCAGCAGCACCAGCAACCGCAUUUGCAGCAUCAGCAAAUGAUAUCGUUCGGCAGUAGCCAGCAGCAGCAGCAGCAGCAGCCGCAAUUCGGGUCGGCGGCGUCUCCUCUGUUCCCGCCGCAGUUCCUGCCGCCGGAGGAGCAGCAACGCCUGCUGCUGCGCUACUGGAGCGAGGCGCUGAACCUGAGCCCCCGAGGCGUGCGCGGAGGCGCCGUGCCGCCGUCGCUGUACCAGCACCUGCUGCGCGCGCCUGGGCCGCCCAAGCUGUACCGCGGCGUGCGUCAGCGCCACUGGGGGAAAUGGGUGGCUGAGAUCCGCCUACCACGGAACCGCACCAGGCUGUGGCUUGGCACCUUCGACACCGCGGAGGAUGCGGCCAUGGCGUAUGACCGCGAGGCCUUCAAGCUCCGCGGCGAGAACGCGCGUCUCAACUUCCCCGACCUCUUUCUUGGCAAAGGCCGCACUGGGGGGAGCGGACGCACCAGCGCCAGCGCAGCGGCCUCCUGCUCCUCCUCCUCGUCUUCAGCUCCACCAACGCCGGACGAGAGCAACACGCAGCAGCAACCUCAGCAGCCGCAGCAACAUACAGAAGAUUCGUCCAACCCUGAACAGAAGCCUCUGCUUUCCUCCGCAGCAGAGCAGGACGGCAUUCCGGAACCCGAGCCAAAUCCUCUGCUCCAGACAGCCGAACAACAGGGCAGCAACGGCAACACGGCCAUGUUCCAGCCGUCGGCGACGUCCGGCGGCAUAUGGGGGCCAGCUGACGAGGCGUGGUUCAGCGCGUGGGGGCCAGGGAGCUCCGUCUGGGACUACGACAUCGACAGCGCCCACGGCCUCCUCCUCCAGUCUCGCUUCGCCGGUGAGCAGAUCGGCAUGGACUACGCCUACACCGCGCCGGAAGUCCUCGUGGCACCGGUGCCGGCGGUAGGGACAGCCAUGGCCACUGUCGCUUCGUCCUCUCCUCUGCCUCCUCGUCCUCCCCCUCAGCACAGUCCAACCUUCACAUGGAAGGACUGAGCAUGCUCACUAUUUCUUCUACAGCGUCACAAGCAGGAACACCUAGGUUGUGGGAUGCACACAGGUUGCAAUUUUUUUGAGACAGCUUGUGGCAUCGCACAGUAUGAUUAGUUAUCACGUCGCAGGAACAUCUCAACUUCUCGAGGGCAUUUCCAUUCCCGACCUUCCUCUCUGACCAAUUUCCACCGGAAAACCACAAGGAGAAACCCAGCUGCAUUUUUUAGGCUGGGAUAAGGAUGGUCAAAUAUUACAAGCGCCAUCCUUAUCGAUCUUCCCAUGAUUGUUCAAAGAUGAACUCUUUUAGACAUUUGACUAGCUAGUGAUCAUAUCAGUGUCUGCCCCUGCAGAAUCUGCAGUUGAAUGUAGCAUGUAAGGGUUUAGGGAUUCUUGAAAGAGGCUUAGAAAAGAGGAGACGGGUUUUAUGCUCUCCUCUGUUCUUACUUGAUGCUUGUUUUUUUCUUGCACGUACUAUCAUGUACUCAUGUGUGUGUUCUUGAUUUGGAAGAGAUGUGCCAUCGUAAGGUUCUUAUAUGUACUAUA